AACCGCCCUCCUGCCCCGCACUGAGCAAAGGGCGCCGCCCCCAGUGGGGCGCCACGGGCCCGGUGGUUGGGCUGUGCCGUGCCGUGCCGCUGCCUCCCACCCUGGGUAUUCAGGGGAAGCCGGAAACUCGCUCGCCAUGUCGGCUGCGGAGGCGGGGGGUGUUUUCCGCAGAGCCCGGGGCAGGACCCUGGACGCGUUUCCCUCAGAAAAGGAAAGGGAAUGGAAAGGCCCAUUCUACUUCAUCCAAGGCGCAGACCCACAGUUCGGGCUCAUGAAGGCCUGGUCCACCGGGAACUGUGACAGCGGCGGUGACGAGUGGGGGCAGGAGAUCCGUCUAACUGAGCAAGCUGUUCAGGCCGUCAACAAGUUGAAGCCCAGACCCAGAUUCUUUGUUCUCUGCGGGGACCUCAUCCAUGCCAUGCCAGGGACGCCCUGGCGGAAGGAGCAGACCGCGGACUUGCAGCGGGUGCUGGCCCGCCUGGACAGCGACAUCCCGCUGGUGCUCGUCAGUGGCAACCACGACUUGGGCAAUGCCCCCACGCCCGAGACCGUGGCAGAGUUCCAGCGGACCUGGGGGGACGACUACUUCAGCUUCUGGGUCGGGGGUGUCCUGUGCCUCGUGCUCAACUCCCAGUUCUGGUACGAUGCCUCCCGGUGCCCCGCCUUGAAGCAGGCGCAGGACCAGUGGCUGGACCAGCAGCUGAGCGUCGCGGGCCAGCGCGAGUGCCAGCACGCCAUCGUCUUCCAGCACAUCCCACUCUUCCUCCAGAGCAUCGACGAGGACGACGACUACUUCAACCUCACCAAGUCUGUGCGCAGGGAGGUGGCUGACAAGCUCGUCCGAGCAGAUGAUGAAACUAAAGCCAUUCAGUUAAAAAGCGCCAACACUGGGAUUGGAUUUCCAUCUCUGUCCCCCUCCAGAACUGUUCCAUUCAGUGUCAUACCCGCACGUGGCUGGUCCAGAUUGAGGUGGGCUCUAAGCGUGAAACACACUCUGGAUUGUCGAGACUUGGUAGGUGUCACAGCUGUGUUCUCAGGCCACUACCACAGGAAUGCCGGGGGCACCUACCAGAACCUGGACAUGGUGGUGUCAUCUGCCAUCGGAUGCCAGCUGGGCCAGGACACCCACGGGCUCCGAGUCGUCGUGGUCACUGCCGAGAAAAUCGUUCACCGCUACUACAGCUUGGAUGAGCUGAGUGAGAAGGGGAUAGAAGAUGACCUCAUGGGCCUGAUGAAGGAAAAGUGAUGGUGGCUGGCGAUCUCGUGUUUCACUUCCCCUGGUUUUUUACUUUACCAGAAGCAGCAGGUACACACCGUCCCUUGUUGAAACGUAAAAGUUCUCCAAGCCGAUGUGUGGAUUUUUGUCCUUUUGCAUAAAUCAGAGAGCUGGGUCCUCUCCUCCUAUCCUAAAUUGUAUUCAAAGUAGAACUUCCCUCCCUUUAAAAAAGAGAGGAGUUGGGGGAACUGGAAAAUAAAAGAAUAAAUGAUU